AUGAAGGAUCCUCCAGUCAUGUUGAUAAAAAGGAUAUUACUGUACAUCCUUCUAGUAAUGCUGGCUCAGAGCAACUAUCAAGUUAAUGGUAAGAUACUUGAUGCCACCAAUUGUCCAGUUGAAAUUCAAGUUAAAAGACACUCCCAGUACAAAAUCAAUGUCGGGAACUCUUUGAUUAUAGACUGCCCAGUUCAGUACUGCAAGAAAAAGCCAGUCAUGCAGUGGUGCAAGAUAGAGCAGACUACAUGAAUGCGGCUGAAGGAGGGCAAAGCAGAAUGGAAGUCCAGCGUGUUUAGUCAGGAGGUUUUCUCAGUUCACCAGAAUGAUAGCGGAUUUUAUCAUUGUUGAGCAAUAGUGGACAACUUUUCCAGUGAGAGUCAUGGAAUAAAGGUUAUUGUAGAAGAAAAGUCUGCAAAUGUUACAACAAUUUCACCAGAAAAUACCACUAGCAUCUCAGAAGAGUCCCAAGAAUCUGGAAACUACAAGAUAUUGCACAUUAUUUAUGCUUCAGCAUCCAUGGGUCUGUGCUGCCCAUUCAUCAUCGUAUGCAUGUUUUUGUGUAUAAGAAGGUACCAUGAAAAGCAGAAGAGAACUCCAUUAAGCCAACAGAGACAAGAGAACCUGGUCAGAAGUCCAGCAGUUGCUCCAUCCCAUGCUGCUGGGACAACUCAAGGAUCAGAAGAAAGCUCCUCACUUUACUAUUGCUCCAUGGCUAGCCCACUGCAGGCCUUGCACGGCAAUGCAAUUUAUGACAACGACGUCCCUCCCUGGAACACUCAGAGGACAGCACCUAAUGCACCUCACAAUGAUCCUGUUAUUCCUUCCAUCCCAGUUUUACUUGAAAGUGCAGAUGUUCUCACAUACGCUGCACUAAAUCAUUCUGCUUCUGCAGAAAGAUACCAGAGAAGGGAACUAACUGUAGAAAAUGAUUUUACAGAAUAUGCCUCCAUUAAUGUAAAUAAAUAA